UAAUCAAAACCAGUCAAAAAGAAAUACUCAAACAGUAAGUAACAAUGGCGUCACUGACUAAACCCUUAUCCAUCUUCUUCUUCUCCACUCUCCUCAUCAUCUUCACCUCCUCCUCUACUCUUUCCUCCUCCACCCCAACUCCGUCGCCAUGGCCGCCGCAAUUCCACGCGGUCCUUUUCAUGAACUUCACCGGAACUCUCCAGAUGAUCGAUCUCUGGUACGACUGGCCCAACGGCCGGAACUUCAACAUAAUUCGGAGCCAAUUGGGCGGCCUCCUUUACGACCUUGAAUGGAACAAUGGGACGUCGUUUUUUUAUUCGUUCGAAGGGAAGAAGGAGUGUCGAAGUGUGCAGCUGGAGGUGGGGAUUCUGCGGCCAAACUGGCUUGAGGGGGCUGAGUAUCUGGGACAGCGACACCUGAAUGGGUUUGUUUGUAAUGUUUGGCAAAAAGUUGGGUUUCUUUGGUAUUAUGAAGAUGUUGUCACUAAGAGACCCGUUUGUUGGGUAUUCUACACUGGGAGAGAAGCUCAUGUGAUGACAUUUAAAGUGGGGGCAGUGCUUGACGAUGAGAAAUGGCAGGCCCCUGUUUACUGCUUUUCAAAGCAACAAACUAGUGAAGAAUUGAAACAAGAGCAGCCCAAUUUCAUCAAGGGUGCUUUUGAAAAAAGAUUGAUUGAUGGGGCUCCCUUUAUGUUUCUUUGAGGGACUCAAAUGUAAUUGUGUUUAUCAUGCUUCUCCACUUUUA